CAAUAUUUGGGAUGAUUCUGCUGUGGCUCUGCUCCUCGCUUAGGUGUGGGUGUCCCAAGAGUGUGCCCUGUGCUCAGGAGUGCGUGUCCCAAAAUUCUGCUCAGGGUCUGCCCCUCACUCAGGAGUGGGUGCCCAAAAUUUGGGAGAGUUCUGGUGUGGAUCUGCCCCUCACUCAGGAGUGGGAGUUCCGUAAUUCAGGAGAAUUUUGUGCCCCUCAUUCAGGAGUGGCUUCCCCAAAAUUUGGGAUGGUUCUUUUACAGGUCUGCCCCUCACUCAGGAGUAGGUGAGGAUUCUGUUCUGGAUCCUCCUCGUGCUCAGUAGUGGGAGCCUCAUAAUUCAGGAGAGUUCCGGUGUGGAUUUGCCCCUUGCUCAGCAUCCCAAAAUUUGUGAGGAUCUUGCUGUGCAUCUGCCCCACUCAGGGCUGGAUGUCUUGAAACUGUGGGUCAAUGUUCAUGACUUCCAGAAAGGGAGCAGAUAUUUUGUGCUCUGAAGGUUCUCCUGGAUGUUUUUGCAGCCUCCCCAAAGCCGCUUGGAAUUGUUUCAUCCUCACUAAUCCUGUCAGCUGGGAUGGCACAGGGGAUACCCAAAUUUUCCCAAUUUUGGGCGAAAUGGGUGAGCUCUGAGAGCUCCCUGAUCUCACAGAAGCCUCUCCCUGUCUCCUGCCACGUUUGUUGUGCUUUGGGGGCUCCCCCCCUGCUCUGGGGGUGCUGCAGUGGCUCCGUGUGGCGCUGCCGGUGGAGACGCAGGAGGUGGGCUGGAGUUGCCUCGGUAACGUUUGUGCUGCUGCAGAAAUGUUUUUGGUCCCUAAACCAGGAAAAGCAGCCCUGGAUUUGCAGGAGGAUGAGGGCUAUUCGGAGUCGCCAGACCUGGAGUUUGAAUAUGCAGACACGGAUAAAUGGACAGCAGAGCUGUCAGAGCUGUACAGCUACACGGAGGGGCCAGAGUUCCUGCUCAACCGAAAAUGCUUUGAGGAGGACUUCAGGAUCCACAUGAGGGACAAGAAGUGGCCGGAGCUGGAGCGGACGCAGCACCGCACCCACGCCAUGCGCCUGCUGGACGGGCUGGAGGUGACGGCGCGCGAGAAGCGGCUGCGCGUGGCACGGGCCAUCCUCUACGUGGCACAAGGCACCUUCGGGGAGUGCAGCUCCGAGGCCGAGGUCCAGGCCUGGAUGAGGUACAACAUCUUCCUCCUGCUGGAAGUGGGAACGUUCAACGCCUUGGUGGAGCUGCUGAACAUGGAGAUUGACAACAGCGCAGCCUGUUCCAGUGCCGUGAGGAAACCGGCCAUUUCCCUGGCUGACAGCACCGACCUCAGGGUGCUGCUGAACAUCAUGUACCUGAUUGUGGAGACUGUGCGCCAGGAGGCCGAGGGGGACAAGCCUGAGUGGAAGAGCAUGAGACAAACCUUCCGAGCAGAGCUGGGAGCUCCCCUGUACAACAACGAGCCCUUCUCUGUCAUGCUCUUUGGGAUGGUGACCAAAUUCUGCAGUGGCCACGCUCCACACUUCCCCAUGAAGAAGGUGCUGCUUCUGCUCUGGAAGACUGUGCUGUGCACCCUGGGAGGGUUUGAGGAGCUGCAGAGCAUGAAGGCAGAGAAGAGGGAGAUGCUGGGCCUGCCGCCGCUGCCCGAGGACAGCAUCCAGGUGAUCCGCAACAUGCGCGCGGCCUCCCCGCCCGCCUCCGCCUCCGACCUCAUCGAGCAGCAGCAGAAGCGCGGCCGGAGGGAGCACAAGGCCCUCAUUAAGCAGGAUAACCUCGAUGCCUUCAACGAGCGGGAUCCGUACAAAGCUGACGAUUCCCGCGAGGAAGAGGAGGAAAAUGAUGAUGACAACAGCCUGGAGGGAGAGACCUUCCCCCUGGAACGGGAUGAAGUGAUGCCCCCCCCUACCCAGCACCCCCCCAGUGACCGCAUCACCUGCCCCAAAGGGCUGCCCUGGGCCCCCAAGGUCCGGGAGAAGGACAUUGAGAUGUUCCUGGAAUCCAGCCGCAGCAAAUUCAUCGGCUACACACUGGGCAGUGACACCAACACCGUGGUGGGCUUGCCCAGGCCCAUCCAUGAGAGCAUCCGCACCCUGAAGCUGCACAAGUACACGUCCAUUGCUGAGGUGCAGGUGCACAUGGAAGAAGAGUACCUGCGUUCCCCGCUCUCUGGAGGGGAAGAGGAAGUGGAGCAAGUCCCUGCAGAGAUCCUGUACCAGGGCCUGCUGCCCAGCCUGCCCCAGUACAUGAUUGCUCUGCUGAAGAUCCUCCUGGCUGCAGCCCCCACCUCCAAAGCCAAGACAGACUCCAUCAACAUCCUGGCAGAUGUCCUGCCCGAGGAGAUGCCGACCACGGUGCUGCAGAGCAUGAAGCUGGGCGUGGAUGUCAAUCGGCACAAGGAGAUCAUCGUCAAGGCCAUCUCUGCCGUGCUGCUCCUCCUGCUCAAACACUUCAAGCUCAACCACAUCUACCAGUUUGAGUACAUGGCCCAGCACCUGGUCUUUGCCAACUGCAUCCCUCUCAUCCUCAAGUUCUUCAACCAGAACAUCAUGUCCUACAUCACUGCCAAAAACAGCAUCUCCGUGCUGGACUAUCCCUACUGCGUUGUGCACGAGCUGCCAGAGCUGACAGCAGAGAGCCUGGAAGCUGGAGACAACAACCAGUUCUGCUGGCGGAACCUCUUCUCCUGCAUAAACCUCCUGCGCAUCCUGAACAAGCUGACCAAGUGGAAGCAUUCCCGCACCAUGAUGCUGGUGGUGUUCAAGUCGGCGCCCAUCCUGAAGCGGGCUCUGAAGGUGAAGCAGGCCAUGAUGCAGCUCUACGUGCUGAAGCUGCUCAAGGUGCAGACCAAGUACCUGGGCCGGCAGUGGAGGAAGAGCAACAUGAAAACCAUGUCAGCCAUUUACCAGAAAGUGCGGCACCGCCUCAACGACGACUGGGCCUACGGCAACGACCUGGACGCCCGUCCCUGGGAUUUCCAGGCAGAGGAGUGUGCCCUGCGUGCCAGCAUCGAGCGCUUCAACUCGCGGCGCUACGACCGGGCCCACGGCAACCCCGACUUCCUGCCCGUGGAUAACUGCCUGCAGAGCGUGCUGGGCCAGCGUGUGGAGCUGCCCGAGGAUUUCCAGGUCAACUACGACCUGUGGCUGGAGCGGGAGGUGUUCUCCAGGCCCAUCUCCUGGGAGGAGCUGCUGCAGUGAUGGACACGGGGAGGCACCAUGGGCUGCUCGGAGAGCUCGAGGCUGCCCCGGGACAGGGGAGCGUGGUUUGGGGGGGUCUGUGGGUGGCUGCACUUCUGUGGUGGGCUUGGGAAGAGGAUGGAGCUGGGGUGUCCUCGCUGAGACCACAUCCUGCCCCUCUGCCUCCUUCCAGGCUCAUCCCAAAGCUGAGGGUGCCUGGGGGUUUCCUGUUGGGUGGGGGGUCUCUGCCCACCCCAUGCGAUGCUUGCAGGGGCACCACCCCUCUCGUGCCCCCCCAGCCAAGAAGGGGGAGCAGGUGGCAGUGGGGUCCUUGGGUGGUCCUGCCCAGCCCCUCUGGGAGAUUGGGGGGCUGGGGGGGCCUCCCCUCACCCCACGAGGGGUGCAGGAGCUGUACAUAUAUUAUAUAUAUUUGGUGAUACCUCUGC